GCGGCUACCAUUGAGAAUGUUUAUGGUUAAGAUAGACACAUAUGCAGAGCAUUCUGCUUUUUGUAGAUACUGCUUUGUGUGUGAAGUGAGGACAUUCUUGAUAUUUUGAAAUGUUUCAUCAUUUUAUACUUCUCAUGUCAAAAGAGAUAUCUAAUUCUAAUUUUCUCUUAAAAAAUAAAAAAAAAACAUUACAAACCCAGCAGAAGCGCAGCGCAGCGCUGCAACCAGAACCAAACCCAGAUUCCGGCGAGCAGAGGGGCAUAAUCCUCACCUUCAGUGGCUAUUUCCGACGAGCGGAGGGGCGGGCGCCCCUCCUUGCCCCUGUGUAGCUUCGCCGCCAUGCUUUUCUUUCAAAAAAAGAAAAAAGAGUCGCUAUUUAAUAAACCCUAAACAUGCUCGGGUGAACUGGACAGAAGAAUCGGCUGUUUCAAUUCAGUGUUGCAGUAUUUCUCAAGUGUUGCUAUGGAGCCUGAGAAUGGCGAAGAUAUUCUAUUUGGGACCUGCAACAUUGUUGCUAUUAUUGGUUCCUGCUUUUUUAUAGCUUCUGAAUCUCGUCUUACGAAGAAAGACGAAUUGACCAUUUCGAGUGAUGACUAUAACAAGAUAUGGAAACUUGACGAUACACUGUAUCUUACCAUGACGGGAAGCAAGUCGGUCGUCGAAGAGAUGAAAAUCGAUACUAAAAAUUACCUUGAUCGCUGUGAAAAACUGAAAAGCUUUCCUGUCUUUAAAGAUGUUGCUCUGAAUGGCCUCCAAUACUUGAAGAAAAUUGCUGUUGAUAAUAAACGUCCCGAUUUCACUGAAAAUCAGCUUCGUCAUUGGAUGCUUAAGUAUCAGAAUGCUGCUUCGUUUUUCUGUAGUUUUGUUGAUCAGAAACCUGUUAUUUACCGGGUAUGCGCCAAAAAUGAAAACAAUGCACCCAUAGACGUUUCUACUCUUGCUGAGAACGCUGGAUUUGAUUUUCUCGGAUCUAGCAUUAAACAAGCUAGGAAGUACUUGGUGGAAACUGAGUUUUUCAGAAGGUGCGAGGAGUUUGAAAAAGAUGGCAAUGUGUCUGUUGGUGACAUUUUUGUCCAAUUUGCGAAGAACUACUUUGCCAGGGCAAUAGUGUCUUGUGCUCUUGUGGACAAAUUUUGUGGUGGAGACAUUCAAGUUAAAUGUAUAUCUGCUAGUGGGGAAUGUUUGUCUUUCACAUCCAAUGUUGCACAAGUGUACCUGGACUCGUAUGGAGAUUUGGAGAUGCACAAGGACAAGGUGUUGCUGUUGUUUGUAUCAAUUGAGUCAAAGGAUGGAGCAGAUGCUGUUUUAAAGUUAACUCCUAUGUUUAAGAAAUGGGGAACUUUGGCCUUCUUUCAUCGGUUGGGUGUCUUUCGGAAAGCGUAUAUUCAUCGGAUUGUAUUUGCCAAGUCUGAGGUUGACAUUAAUUCACUUGCGGACCAUACGAAGGAUAUGUUCAAUUCUAAAACAGGUAGGAUUGGGCCGAAGUUUGCUGAUUUGGGGAAGGUGAAGGAAAUUUUCUCUAAGGUGAGGGGAGUGGGAUGUUUUGGGUUUCCAGCCAUUGAAUACGAAGGUCUCCGGGUGUCAGGGCUUUUUCCUGGUUCCGACGGCGUUCCCAUCAAGGAACUGCUUUGUAGCAAUAAUGUUGCUAGGCCAUGCUUGUCAGGUUGUGUGGAGAUUGUGUAAUUUGAGUGAAGAAAAAAGUGUUGUUUGAAAGCUAAAAGCUCUUUUGCAGCAAAACUGUUGUAACUUGCAAGCCGUGACUUCCCUGAUCUAUGUCUCUUAAGCAAACGAGUUUUAAGUUUUUGUGAUUAGAUAUAAAACUGUACUUCUUUUCUUUCUUAUUUUUGUGACUUAGAAAAUAAACCUGUACUUCUUUUCUUAGUUUUUAAGUUUUCAAAUGCAAGCCCACUGAAACAAAUUUGCAUAU